CACAGGCCCGCGGCGCAGAAGCGGUCGGUCUGUUCUCGCCGCUCCUUGCCGCACAGGGAGGGAGGAUGAAGUUCGCCGCGAGCUCCCUGCUGGCCUGCGCCGCCCUGGGGCUGUGUCUGGCUGUCCCUGAGAAAACCGUGAGAUGGUGUGCUGUGUUAGAUCACGAGGCCAGCAAAUGCGCCAGUUUCCGUGACAGCAUGAAAAAAGUCCUCCCAGCAGAUGGUCCCCGUGUCAUUUGUGUGAAGAAGAACUCCCACCUCGAUUGCAUCAAGAGCAUUGCGGCAAAUGAAGCAGAUGCUGUGACAGUGGAUGCGGGUUUGGUGCAUGAGGCAGGCUUGGCUCCCAAAAACCUGAAGCCUGUAGUGGCAGAGUACUAUGGAACACAAGAGAAUCCACAGACCUUCUACUAUGCUGUUGCGGUGGUGAAGAAGGGCACUAACUUCCAGCUGAAUGAACUCCAAGGCAAGAAGUCCUGCCAUACAGGCCUUGGCAGGUCCGCUGGGUGGAUCGUCCCCAUCGGCUUACUUUUCUGUAGCUUACCUGAGCCACGUAAACCUCUUGAGAAAGCGGUGGCCAGUUUCUUCUCGGGCAGCUGUGUCCCCUGUGCUGAUGCAGCAGAAUUCCCUCAACUGUGUCAACUGUGUCCAGGGUGUGGCUGCUCCUCCCUUCAACCACACUUCGGCUAUGCAGGUGCCUUCAAGUGUCUGAAGGAUGGUAAUGGGGACGUCGCCUUCAUCAAGCACUUAACCAUAUUCGAGGUUCUGCCUGAAAAAGCUGACAGGGAUCAGUAUGAGCUGCUCUGCCUGGACAAUACCCGGAGGCCGGUGGAUGAGUACGCACAGUGCCAUCUGGCCAAGGUUCCUUCUCACGCUGUCGUGGCUCGGAGUGUGGACGGCAAGGAGGACUUGAUCUGGGAGCUCCUCAGCCAGGCUCAGGAACAUUUUGGCAAUGACAAAUCAAAAGAAUUCCACCUGUUCAGCUCUCCUCAUGGGAAGAACCUGCUGUUUAAGGACUCUGCGCAAGGGUUUCUAAGGAUCCCUCCCAGGAUGGACUAUAGGCUGUACCUGGGCUAUCAGUAUGUCACUGCUGUUCGGAAUCUACGGGAAGGCAUAUGUCCAGAAACCUCACUGGAAGAAUCCAAGACCCUCAAGUGGUGUGCACUGAGCCACCAUGAGAGGCUCAAGUGUGAUGAGUGGAGUGUUAACAGUGGAGGGAAAAUUGAGUGUGAAUCAGCAGAGACCACAGAGGACUGCAUUGCCAAGAUCAUGAGUGGGGAAGCUGAUGCCAUGAGCUUGGAUGGUGGAUUUGUCUACAUAGCCAGCCAGUGUGGUCUGGUUCCUGUUAUGGCAGAAAACUACGAAAGCACUAAUUGUAAAGCAGCACCUGAAAAAGGGUAUUUCGGCGUGGCAGUGGUGAAGAAAUCAGAUCCUGACAUCAACUGGGAUAAUUUGGAGGGCAAGAAGUCUUGCCACACCGCAGUAGACAGAACCGCUGGCUGGAACAUCCCCAUGGGCCUGCUCUUCAGCAGAAUCAAUCACUGCAGAUUUGAUGAAUUUUUCAGUCAAGGCUGUGCCCCUGGGUCUCCAAAAAAUUCCAGUCUCUGUGAGCUCUGCAUUGGCCCAAAUGUGUGUGCUCCCAACAACAAAGAGGCAUACUAUGGCUACACAGGGGCUUUCAGGUGUCUGGUUGAGAAAGGAGACGUGGCCUUUGUGAAGCACCUGACAGUCAAACAGAACACUGACGGAAAGAACCCUGACCCUUGGGCUAGCAAACUUAAGAAGGAGGACUUCGAGCUGCUGUGCCCGGAUGGCAGCCGGAAGUCUGUGGACGAGUAUCAGACAUGUCACCUGGCUCAAGCUCCAAAUCAUGCUGUGGUCACAAGGAAAGAUAAGGCAGAAUAUGUUCGCAAAGUGUUAAGCGAACAGCAGGGUCAAUUUGGAGCUUCAUCUGACUGCGCGAGCAGCUUUUGUUUGUUCCAUUCUGAUACCAAGGACCUCCUGUUCAGGGAUGAUACGAAGUGUUUGGUCAGAAUUGAGGAUGAUGUCACACCUGAAAAAUACUUAGGAGAGGAAUAUGUCAAGGCUGUUGGCAACCUGAGAAAAUGCUCAACCUCACGACUCCUGGAAGCCUGCACUUUCCACAGACUUUAAAAUCCAAGAGGUGAGGCUGCCACUGCAAGGGAGAUGGGAGUGUAGGUGACCUGCAGUGUAGGUGACCUGCAGGCUUCUCCCAGUGUGGUUGCCCUGAGGAGUUUGUGCCAACCCUGUCUGUCUUCAAGUUUUGUGUUGGUACCCGUAGAGGACAUAAAAUAAAAAAUUUUUGUUGAAUUUUA